AUGCAGGCGGUGAAGCAGCCGGGACUACGGCUUAGUGCCAUUGCAUCAAGUUUGGACUUUUUAAUGCCUUUCCAGCCCCGAUAUUCAGACUUGCUAAAUGAGCAACAUUUUUAUCGUAAUCCAUCCAUUUUGGAAUUGGCAAAUCGCCCAGUGCAUCCAGUCACAUUACGCCAAUUGGCUAAUUUUGGGCAUAAGUUAACGGAGAAAAAGCUUCUCUCGAGUGCAAACUUUGUGAGAACGGAACUUCCUAUCCGAUUGGCUUUGAAAGUUAAAGAGCUGCAAGAGCUGAAUUUUGGAAUUGCAAACAACUAUCAUCUCAACCAGGUUUAUCAGAGUUACUGCUACUGUGUGAAUGCUUUCAGGCGAGCCCCUGUAAUAAACAGCCUUGAGGAUAACGACAGGUUCUGCCGCUUUAUAUCGCAUGUUUUGGAUGAUCACUUGAUUAUAUUGCCGCACUUGAUGAUGGGGUCUUUGGAGGUGUCUGUUUUGAAGAGUCUUUCUCAGGAGAAACUCGACAAGUUCAUUUCCAGCAUGAUCCGGUCCAGAAUUAGUAGGCGUGUGAUUAUGGAGCAGCAUUUAUCGCUCUCGAAGUCUUUUCAAAGCCAGUCAAAUCCUGUUUUGGUGAAGCCCCAGAACUACAUUGGUGAGGCAUUUGAGCAGGGGUCGAUUUACGAGCAUUUGCGGCUUACAGCGGAUGUUGUUCGCAGCUUUUUGCAGAGCAUCUAUCCCGAUCUGAAGAUGCCGGAGUUGGUUAUUGAAGGUUCUGAUCUCAAGUUCGAGUUCCUAACCUCGCACCUCAACUACAUAUUUGAAGAGAUUCUCAGAAAUGCAUUCAAGGCCACUAUUUCGGCCAUGCUCAAGCGCAACAAGACACUUUCGCAAGAAGAACUUGUAAAAUUAACACCACCGGCUGUUGUGGUGCAAGUUGUUCCUCGCAAGGAUUCCAUUGCAAUCAAGUUUUCCGAUCAGGGAGGUGGCAUGCCUAAAGAUGAGCGUUCGAAGGUGUGGUCGUUUGGGAAAAGCCCCGAGUUGGCAUCGCAGUACUUGAAGAACUUCUACAAGAUGUCACGGUAUGAUCUUCCCGACAGACCACCAAUGAGGGACCACCAGUUUUGGAAUGUGGGUGCCGGAAGAGCAGAUCUGGAGUCUAGAACAGAUGAAAAGAAGGCGGAUUCAAGUACAGGAGAAAGAAAAGACUUGGAUGGGGUGUUGGGAGACCUAGGAAGAAUGGAAUCAAGCAAGAAAGUGCAGAAAUCCACAUUGCUAGCCUUGGCUCGAAGGCCUUUUGAAUACACCUUGGGAAUUUCUCUUCCUAUGUGCAAGGUGUACACUGAUUACUGGAAUGGAACACUAGAGAUAUAUUCGGUUCAAGGAUAUGGAUCGGAUGUGUAUUUGACAUUGGGCAAGAUAGGAACUAAUCACGACAAGUUACAGCUUGACAGAGCUUAA